GUCCUACACCCGUCGGUACGCCUGCCGCGACAAUCCGCAGACGACCGCGGCUGCCAUGUGCGCACGGCACGCCGUUUUCGGUUUGCUGGCGCUCGUCGUCCUCGCGCCCGCAACAUCGGCCGCCGACAGACCCCCGAGCCGUCUCGACCUGAGGGACGUGCUGAACCAGCUGCGCGGGGCCCCGGAUAUCGUCGCCGUCGGCCCGGCCGGAAAAGCCGACAGGGCGGUCAAGUCGUACCUGGACAAAUUGCAGGCCAGAUACGCCGCGGUCCUGGACCGGCCUUGGGACGCCAGGUACGCCAGUCACACGAACGUGAGACGAUGGAAGAAGUCAUGAGCACCGGGGCGAUACGCGCCGUUCCGCGGUCCUCCGCGCAGUUUCGAUCGAUUAAGAUUUGAUUGGAAUUUGUUUAAUUUGUAAUUGUUUUUUUUUUUUUUUUUAUGUAUACCGUAGCAGUUCUGCCGAGCGCUCUAGUUUCGUAAUUAUACCGACGGAAUAUUUAUGAUAUUAUUAUGCGCACCGGUGCCGCUUGACACGCGUUCGUAACGACGUUACCGUCCCCGGUAUUUGCUCAAUAAUAAUAUUAAUAAUUUGUCGUUUUUGUAAAUAUAUAACUCGAUGUAUUAAAAUAUAUGUCCGCAUAUUUGCGCAUCGAUUUCGUUGUCAUCAUUAUAUUUUGUCACUUGUCAUUCGAAACCGGGGAAUCGUAUUCGCUGUUACGUAUGAAAAGAAAUGUAUAAUUUGUCGGUUAGUCCUGUAAACAAUGAACGGCUAAUAAAAACCAGGAUAAUGACUUUUUUUUUUUUAAUAACUUUCGUAAGAUGUAUUUGUGUACAGAAGUAUUGUUGCCGUGAAUCGAAUAUUUUCAAAUAUACCUACUUUGAGAAAAAAA